CUCAGUGUGUCAUUAUGACCAGCUUGUGUGUUUUUAUUGAGUUUUAGGGCACAAAUGAAUAUAUUUUUUACAUAUAUUUUAGUGAGAUUAAUAACUGUGACAAUAAUGCGUGCCGAACCUUUUAUACCCGACUAAUUAACAUCUUGGAAUCAUCACGGCUUCCUUAUCCUCCUCUCUGAUUGAGACCAACCAUGGAGGUUGGAGCACGUGCUUUGGAUGUGCUACCUCUCCUACAAGAGCGGGUUGCAGCACUUACUGGUGGCCGAGACAGACGUGGAGGGCCGAUAGUAUGGUUUCCAGCAAAUUCAAGACGAGACCGUGUAGCUCCAGAUGACUAUAGACGACUGUUGCAUUAUUUAAUCAGCAUACCUAGUGAUUCUGUGAGGACACAUGGCUUCACUAUCUUAAUUGAUAUGAGAGGUUCUGCAUGGGCUGCAAUAAAACCAAUAUUGAAAGUUCUACAAGAACAUUUCUCUUCAUCCGUCCAUCAGGCACUUGUAGUUAAGCCUGAUAAUUUCUGGCAAAAACAGCGCACAACGAUAGGAUCCCAUAAGUACAAGUUUGAGACGACGAUGAUUAGCCUAGAAGCACUGCCUAAAGUAAUAGAUAGUUCUCAAUUGACACCAGAUUUAGAUGGUACACUACAAUAUGAUCAUGCACAAUGGAUAGAUCUUAGACUGGCACUAGAAGACCUAAUGUGGCAAGCAGGAGAGUUAUUAGAUAGACUGGACGACCUGCAAGAAGAUGUUGCACGAGCUGAUUUUGCCGAUGACGUCACUGGAGCAAGGCGCGCUAUUGACGCUCAUGCUGAUAUUAGCAAACGGCUUGCUAAAGUACCCGUUGAUGAACUAGAAUCACAAGGCGAACGAGUCCUGCAACGCCUGGAAGCAGCUGAAGCCGCAUGUUCCGAAGCUAGCGGCAGUGGCGGCGAGUCGGCGUUCCACUGCGGCUCGCCGAGCGCGGUGCGCGCCCAACUGUCGGCGGUGCGCUCGGCGCACGCGCACGCGCACAAGCUGUGGCAGCACAAGAAGAUGCAGCUCGACCAGUGCUUCCAGUUGCGACUCUUUGAACAGGACUGUGAAAAGAUGCUAGAAUGGAUUGUCAACCAUCGCACAGCUUUCUUGUCGACAUACGUUGAAAUCGGAAGAUCGUGUGCUGCUGCCAAACGCCUUCAAGAAGAACAUGCUAGGUUCGCAGCAGCAUGCACGGGCGGUGGUCGGCCGAGUGUGGCUCGAGUGACGGCGGCAGCGCGUAGACUGGCAGACAAACGACACUACGCAGAGACUCAGAUUACGUCGCUUGCCCAUAGACUUGAACGGGCUUACAAACAACUGUCUGCAGGUCUAGAGGAGCGUUCGGCGGUGCUGUCGCUGUCGGUGGUGUUCCACCACAAGGCGGAGGCGUACGCGUCGGCGGUGGGCGGGUGGGGCGCGCAGUGCGCGGUCGCGCUGCAGCUGGCCACGGGGCAGGGCGGCGCGCCGUGCAGCGACCCGCGCGCGCUCGAGCAGCACGCGCAGCGGCACCGCCAGCUGUACGAGCACAUGUGUCAGGCGUACACCGAGGUUCAUUCAACAAGCAAAAAACUGUUGUACCAACUUGAUCAUUUAGUUCAAGUUUGCCAUCAGACAGAUCCUGCUGAUAUGAAGGAUGGUUCAGUAAGUUCAGCGGUCAGCAGUGGAGGAGAUCCAGCUGCUGACUACAGUUCCGGCGCUAAUCAUGUUCUCGCUGUCAUACAUCAGAUUCUAGGGCAUCAUAGAGCACUGGAGGCUAGGUACCACCAGGCGAGACUGAAGCUGCACCAGCGUUUGGCUUUAUUGCUGUACAAGGAAGAUUGUAGACAAGUCCUGGACUGGCUUACCAAUCACGGCGAGGUUUUCCUUCAGAAAAACACGGGCAUCGGUAGAAAUCUACAUAAGGCGAGAGUUUAUCAGAAAUCUCAUGAACACUUUGAAAAUGUUGCGCAAAACACGUACACAAACGCCGAGAAGCUUCUGUCAGCGGCGGAGGAGCUCGCGCGUUCCGGCGAGUGCGAUCCAGAAGAAGUGUUGGGCGUGGCUCGCGAGCUGGAAGCGCACGUGGCGGCGUUCGCGGCGCGUGUUGAUAGGCGUCGCCGCAGACUCGAUCUUGCCGUGCUGCUGUAUACGCACGAGAAAGAGCUGCUGCAGUGGCUGGAGACGCUGCGCGGCGGCGGCGGCGUGUGCCCCGCGGACGACAGCCCGGAGGCGGCGCGGCGCGCGCUCGAGCAGUGCGCGCAGCACCGCGCCGCCAGCCUCGACGCGUGCGCCGCCACAAUCGCGCAGGGCGAGGCGCUGCUGCAGGACCUCAGAUCAUCAGGGGAUUCGGAUACAGCGAGCACGUCAGCUGUGGAAACUACCCUGGAGCGUUUGCGGGGAACUCGGAGUGCCCUCGAGGAACUGUGGUCAGAUCGCGAGAGGCGUCUUGAACUCACUCUACAAUUGAGACAUUUCGAGAGGGAUGCACUAGAGGUGUCGUCUCGGCUUGAGUUAUGGGGCGACGAGUUGCAACGCAGUGAGCCUCCUCGCGACCCGCAACAGGCGGAACAAGCUCUCGCUGCUCACAACGAGAGCGUGGCUAGGAUGCAACAUGCUACCUUUCAGGUAGUUCAACAAGGCCAAGAGUUGGCUGCGGCGAUCGCAGAAGCAUCAGACGUGAUGGCGUCUAGCUCCGACAGUUCCGAGGGCGCCCCACUCGAUGCCCAGGCUCGCGUGCAGCUGCUGCUGGAGUUUCUGCAUGACAGGCAGCUGGACCUGGAGGAGCUCGCUGAAGAGAGACGGGCAAGAUUUGAGCAAUGCGUUCAACUGGGACAAUUUCAAAAAGACGCAGCUCAAGUUGUGAGCUGGAUACGCAACGGCGAAGCGAUGUUGGCUGCGUCCUUCUCCAUACCGGGGACAUUGUCUGAAGCUGAGCAAUUGAAACGCGAACACGAUCAAUUCCAAGUCGCCGUUGAGAAAACCCACGCUAGCGCUGUGCAAGUCAAAUACAGGGCGGACGCUCUACGUGCUGCUAAUCAUUAUGACCCGCAUACUAUAAGAGAGAUCUCUGAAGAGGUGACGGAGCGAUGGCAGCGACUGGUCACGUGCGCUGAAGAGCGUCACAAGCUCGUCACUGCAUCUCUCAACUUCUACAAGACGGCGGAACAAGUCUGCUCCGUGCUCGACUCGCUUGAGCGGGAAUACAGAAGGGAUGAAGAUUGGUGUGGUUCUGGUGCUGCUAUAUCCACCCCUACACCCAAUUGCGAUGAUACGCAGACACUGCAACAGAACUUGGACAAAGCGGCUCAGGUGGCCGCACUCAUCGUCAAGCAUGGCGAGCAGAAGGAGGCGUUCCUCAAAGCGUGCACGCUCGCCCGCCGCACUGCUGAGACGUUCCUCAAGUACGCGGCGAGGUCCGCACAGGUGCACGGGCAAACUGCCGCGGCAAGCAAGGCGCAUCAUGAACAAACACGCGCCAUACUUGACACUCUGCUUGCGCAAGAGAAUAAGGUCCUGGAGCACUGGACGGUGCGCAAGAAGCGCCUCGAGCAGUGCCAGCAGUUCGCGCUGUUUGAGCGAUCGGCGCGCGCGGCCGUGGAAUGGAUCCGCGAGACGCAGGAGCGGUGCGGCGCGGCGGCCGCGGCGGCGGCGGCGGGCGUGGCGCGCGAGAGCCGCGAGCGCGUGCGCCUGCUGGCGCAGCUCGCGGACGGCCUCGUGGAGAAGGGACACCCGCACGCGGUGCAGAUCAAGGAAUGGGUGGCCGCUGUCGAUGCUAGAUAUGCCGAGUUUAGCGGUUCCAUGGAAGGUGGUGAAGCAGAGGCUGAGAGCGAUUCCGGUGUGGCACCAUCGCUCGCGUCCACACAGUCAGAGAGUGAAGUGCGAGUGGAGCCGCAGCCACCGGCCGCGGGAGAUGAGAAGAGACGCAGCGCUAGAAGGAAGGAAUUUAUCAUGGCUGAGCUGCUGCAAACCGAGCGAGCUUAUGUCAAAGAUCUGGAAACCUGUAUCACUGGAUACUUGCGCGAGAUGCGCACCGAUCCCGCUUCAGUACCACCAGCGCUGCAGGGCAAGGAGGAGCUGAUAUUCGGCAACAUAGAGGAGAUCCAUCGUUUCCACGAGCGCAUAUUCCUGCGCGAGCUGGACAAGUACGAGGCGUGGCCGGAGGACGUGGGGCACUGCUUCGUGACGUGGGCGCGCCAGUUUGACAUGUACGUGUCGUACUGCCGCAACAAGCCGGACAGCAACGCGGCCGUCGUGCAGCACGCGGGCGAUUACUUCGAGAGAGUGCAACGUCGAAAGAAGUUAGAGCAUCCCCUGGCGGCAUAUCUCAUCAAGCCGGUGCAGAGAAUUACCAAAUAUCAACUGCUCCUGAAAGACUUACAAGCUUGCUGUGCUGAAGGCCAAGGAGAAAUCAAGGACGGGUUGGAUGUUAUGCUGUCCGUGCCCAAGAAGGCGAACGAUGCGAUGCACCUGUCCAACCUCGAGGGCUGUGACGUGCCGACGGACAGUCUCGGCGAAGUGGUCCUGCAGGACUCGUUCCAAGUGUGGGACCUUCGGCAGAUCAUCAAGAAGUGCCGCGAACGGAGAGUGUUCCUCUUCGACCUGCAUCUACUGCUCGCCAAGGAGGUCAAAGACACGCACGGAAAGGCGAAAUACAUUUACAAGACCAAGUUUAUGACAUCGGAGCUAGGUGUGACCGAGCACAUAGAGGGCGACGAGUGCAAGUUCUCGGUGUGGACGGGCCGCGAGCCGAUGGCCAGCGACUGCCGCAUCAUGCUCAAGGCGCCCUCGCUCGAGGUCAAGCAGACCUGGGUGCGCCGCCUCAGGGAAGUCAUACAGGAAACUUACUUCAGUGGAGCGCUUCAUCAACCGCCUCGCAGUCCCGCUCGAGUUCGACCUACGAGCUCUCAGAGGUCCAGUCGCGAUUUCGAAGACACGGACACUGAAAAUCUGGAUCGCAAUUCGCUGGCUUCCUUCGGCAGCGGGAAUACCACGGACUCAGACAAGGCUGGACCGGAAAUGACAUGGGUGGUCGCGGAGCAUACGUCCGGUGGCGCUGGCGAGCUGACCGUGUCGAAGGGCCAACAAGUUGAAGUGCUGGAGUCGUGGCAGGUGCGCCCCGACUGGUGGGUGGUGAGGAUCCACGGUGAUCCGCCGCAAGAGGGCGCCGUGCCCGCCCAAGUGCUGAAACCGCAGCCCCACCACAAAACGUCGCCUUCACGACAACCGCUGGCAGCCGCCGAUGACGGAAUAGAGGCGUCGUCUUCGGAUCCCGGAGGGGCGGUGAGCGUGGCCAGUCCUGGAAAACACCGAAAGGGGAUAAUACCGAGGCGGUGGAUUCCGCGUCCGAGCAAGUCGCAAGGAAAAGCUGAAAAAGCGUUGGCCGGAGCGAAGUCGCCCGCAGAAAAACCAGCUCUGAAGAAAGUGUUGUCUGAAAAGAAACUCAAGAAUCUGGUUGUGCAGUUGCCGUACACGGACAACGGGCGCGCCGAGGAGGCCGGCGAGGGGAGCGCGGCCGCCGCGCUGGACGAGGGGGAGGACGACGCGCCCGACGUCGAGCUGCCGCCGCCGAUGAAGCCGCUACAGAACCCGCCCGUCCUGCAGCAGCCGCCAACGCCCGCGGCGGCCGCGGCGGUGCCCACCACGCGCAACUCGUUGGCAAUGGACGCGCUGGAAACUAACGGUGGUCCCGCGGAUAUCGCCGAGAUAGAACAAAUUGUCAAGGAAAAAAUGGAACAGCACGGUGGAGCCGCUACCACUUCAGGUCGUGCGGAAGGCGACGAAGAGCCAAGUUCCGCAACUCCCGGCGCUGAGAGCAGCGAGAGCACUCUAAAGAAACGUGAAUACGUACUUCGAGAGCUAUAUGAAACCGAAGAGGUAUACGUCUCUGAUCUCAGACUCGUCUGCGAGGGAUAUAUGAAGCACAUGAUGGAUCCAAACGCUGACCCACCAAUCCCAGAAGGUCUCCGCGAUCGUCGGUUGCGCAUGAUCUUUGGAAAUAUCGAGGCUAUUUACGAAUGGCAUCGCGAUAAGUUCCUCCGUGAGCUGGAAGGAUGUAUCGAGUCCCCGGAGUUGUUGGGGCCACUGUUCCGGCGAUUCCUCGAGAAAAAAAUGUUCCUGUACGAAGCUUACUGCCGCAACAAGCCGGUGUCUGAGUACAUUGUGUCAGAACACGAACAUUACUUCCAGGAGCUUAGACAUAAACUGGGACACAAAUUGCAGCUCGGCGAUCUGCUGAUCAAGCCGAUCCAGCGCAUCCAGAAGUACCACUUGCUCGUGAAGAAGAUCUUGAGCUACUCGGAGGUGGCCAACGAGCCGCCCAACGUGAUAGACUCGCUGCGCGACGCAGUGCAGUGCACUUCCAUUAUACCCAAGAACGCUAACGACAUGAUGGACGUGGGACGACUCCAAGGCUUUACGGGCAACAUAGCGGCGCAGGGCAAGCUGCUGUUCCAGGAGCCGCUGUUCGUGUCGGAGGGCUCCAGCGACAAGGGCAAGGAGCUGCACGUGUUCCUGUUCCAGCAGUGCAUGAUAUUCACGGAGCCGGUCGGCAAGCGGACCCAGUUCACCAGCCCCACGUAUCACUAUAAGGCGCAUGUGCAGUUGCAGGUGAACAAGAUGCGGCUGGAGCACGAGGAGGGCAGCGGCGUGUUCGUGGUGCACUCGGUGAGCGGCAAGGAGCGGCCGCGCUCGUUCGUGUGCCGCGCGCCCGAGGCCCGCCGCCACCACUGGAUCUCGACGCUCUCCAGCAUCCUCGAGUCGCAGCUGAUAUUCGGCUUCCGCCUCGAGAACCCCAGCGCGUUCAUGAACGACGAGCCCGCGAGGGAGCCCGCCGCUGAGUGUUGGUGGGGGCUCCGCAAGACGGAGAGCGUGCCGCCGUCGCUGGGCGAGCGGCUGGCGCCCGAGCUGGGCGCGCGCACGCAGCGGCCGCACGCCAAGGCCAACACCAUCAACCUGCCGAGCAGCGCGCGCGACGACCACAAGAAGGCGUCGCCCGCCUCGCCCACCGCGCCCGCCGCCGCGAGCCCCACCUCGCCGCCGCACGCCAACGGCUUGUCGAAACGGGCGUGGGGGCUGAAGCUGCGGCGCGGCGGCGGCGGGAGCGGCGGCGAGCCCAGUGAGGGCGUCGUCACUGAGCUUCGGCCGCCCGAGCUGCUGGAGCCCGCCGCCGACGUGGCGGUCGCGCUCGGCGCCUCGGCCGUGCUCUCGUGCCGCGCCAACGCCACGCGCGCCACUGCCUCCUGGCGCAAGACCGCGCCCGAGACGCGCGCGCUGCGUCACGGCGGCCGCUUCGCCAUCACUCUCGCCCCGGACGGGCUCGCCACGCUAACCAUCCACGCGUGCCGCGCUUCCGACGCCGGUGUCUACUGCUGCCUCGUGGGCAAUGAGCUGGGCGGUGUGCAAACUUCCGCUCGCCUCACCGUCGGCUCUGGCGGAACGCCUGGCACGCCCGCUGUGCGCGCUCACCCUGGUGGUGGCCUAGUUGUACACUGGGACGAGCCGGAAGCGGCUCAUCUAGACUACUGCCGUGUCGGGGAAGGAGAAUGGCGGCGAGCCACAGAAACUCCGGCUGCGGCCAAUACCUUAGCGUUAGAAGAAUUACCGGCCGGCCAAUACAGUUUUCGGUUGGUUUGCGCGCGUAGCGGGGCGGCCGGUUCCGCUUCAGAACCUGCGGCUUGUGGCGGUGGCGGAAGCUGGCAGCGGGAACAGUUUUCACGGCGCUAUUCUAUCGAAGAUGAGAUAGGGAGAGGACGAACGGCGCGAGUACUUGCAGCUCGCGAUACGGGCACGGGACAACGUGUCGCUUUAAAACAGGUUGUUGCCGGUCGCGGAGCAGACGCUAUGCGCGAAUACCGCAUCCUGUCCCGCGGCGCUCACGGCGCAGUGGUGAGAGCACUGGCUCUGUUCGCUGAAGUGCCGCGGCCCGGAGCCAACACGAUAGUGCUGGAGCUGGUAGCGGGUGGGGCGCUGCUGGACUGGGCUGCGGCGAACCCGCACAUGUACACACAACGCACUGUCGCGACACACACGAAGCAGUUGCUGUCAGCGCUCGAUUGGCUGCACUCUAACAAUGUCGCACAUUUGGAUGUCAGGCCUGAGAACAUCCUAGUGGAGUUGGGCGGUGCGCAGCCCCAGUUGAAGCUGGUGGACUUCGGCUCGGCGGUGGAGAUCGGCGGCGAGGCGGAGGCGGCGCGCGGCGCGACGGUGCUGCCGCCGGCGCCCGCGCAGCUCGAGUUCGCGCCGCCGGAGUGCGUGCUCGGCCGCCCGCCCGCGCCCGCCUGGGACGCCUGGGCGGCCGGCGUCUUUCUAUACGUGUUCCUUACGGGGUUGUCGCCGUUCCUGGACGAGUCGAUAGAGGAGACGACGGCGAACAUAAUAAAGUGCGACUACUGCUUCCCGCCGGAGCACUGGGCCGGCGUGGAGGAGCGCGCGCAGCUGCUCAUCCGCGCGCUGCUCGACGCCGCGCCCGCGCGCCGCCGCCCGCCGCGCGACGCGCUCGCCGACGCGUGGUUCGAUGAGGCGCCAAACUCGAGUCUGUCUGCGACGCAGCUGAAGACGUUCCUGGACCGGCGGCGACCGUCGGGGCACGGCAACGCGCUGCACUCGCUGCGCUCACCCAACGACACCUGACGGCCACGCGGCCCCGCCCCCACCCCCCGGUGACGCGCCCGCACCACCCGCACCAACCGCACCUCCACCGACGAGUCCUGUCUUAUCUCAUUCACCCGAAUGUCCUAUUGAGUCUUUUCCGCUCUGUAUGAACAAAAUCCAACGGUACGAUUAUCGUAACUCCCAAUGUUGCGACAACAUUUAACUAAGACUUGUUUUGCAAGCGUGACGCGUAGAGCUCAGCUGAACGUAGGCGCAGCCGGUUCACCCGUGGCAACGCUUGGCCCGAGAUGACGCCGCGCCGGCCAAGCUGUGUUGUAGGUCGUCUCUAGGUGUAUCGAAUAGUCAUUUGUGCCCACCUCUCGGUUUCGUUGUAAUAGCGAAAUGCCUGCGAUGUAUUUUCAUGGUUUAUUUAGUCGAUUAUAUUGUAUUAUGCCAAAUAAAAUUCGCUUUUUAUCGCGUGUAGAUAAUAAUGGACCAGUGGUACGCCGCAAGCAGACAUGAAGUCUUGACUGAAAUCUUCACAGAUUUUAUGUAUUCCGAUGGCCUAAUUUAGACAGUAAAUUAAGGCAACGUUACGUAAAACUGGCCGUAUUAAGGAAAGUGUCUGUGAUUUUUAAAUAUUUUUUCUAAUUAAUAUUUCAUGCUUAUUCCUAAUUUUACCUAUGAACUAAAUACUUUUAAUUGUAUAUAGCACUAAGAUUUAGCGAUUACAAUAACAUAGAUUUUAUUUUAAUUUUUGACCAAAUUGCAAAAUCCUAAAUUAAAUUUUGAAAUGGAUCACUUUGUAUUGGUGACAUAUUACUGAUAAGACAGUAGUGGUCAGUACACUCUAUGAUUUUGUGCGAUGAUUCUUUUUCGAUUACAGUAUUAUAUGUGUCACGCUGAUUUAUAAGUGUUCUGUGAAAGGAAUAUUUAUCAUAAAUGUACUUUACAACUUUUGUUAUUUUCCGUUUACGGCGGAAAUAUUUUAUUAAAUUCGUUCCGCUCUUUACAGAUAAUUAAUGCUUGAUAUUUCGUUCUAAUUGAAUUACAUAAUUAUAAAAGUUAUUUACACUUGUGCUCCAUUUUGUAGAAGGAGUAAGAUGAGAACAUAAAACCGGUACGCUUAUAUUAUUCACAUUGUGCUCAUUUUAAUUAAAUUAAGAUGUAUUUAUGAAAAAUAUUAGUAAAAUAAUGACUUCUCAGUUUAACGAAAGGUUUUGUAGCGACUUUCAUUUCAAAUUAUUGGUCUCAAUUGCGUAAAUCUUGUAAUUUGAUAUUGCUAUAUUGUCUUAUAUUCAAUGCUUGAACAAAAACUCACGAAAAAUACGAAGAAUAAAGAUAUGCUUUAAAGUUAAUCGAUAGUUUAAUUACUUCGUGUAUACGAUAUUAUGGAUAUAGAUUAUAAUUAGACGUCUAAAGUAAUUAUUACCUUUAGCACUGUUAUCAAACCAGCUUAUACACCAUAUUUAUUGUGUUAAAUUUAUAAAAUUUACUUCGUCACUAUGUUUUUAAUGUUUAUUACGCGAUAUUGGCAUAAAACCGUAUUUUAUUUAAAAUAACAGCCGUGAUAAGUAAGAUGACAUCAAAUAUUAUGGCAUAUAAAUUAUCUUAAAUCUGUUUUAUGCAGCUUCAAACAGUCAAAGGUCGGAGUAUAAAAGAGUAUAAAAGAACGCUCAUAAAGUGGGUCUUUACACCCUAAGUUUUAAUUAUGUCUGUGUUAUAUUGAUUAUUAUACGUCGUCUAUAUAGCUGUAGUGUUAAGGAUUCCGCACAUGAACCUUCGUGUUGUUGCGUCGUAUUUCUAAAUGACGAUCAUCGCAUUCUAUCAGUGUACCUAGCAUUACGACUCGUUUUAGUACUGAUGUAUCUAUAUGAAUAAUGGUAUAAUAAAAUUCAAUAUAUAAUUUUAUGAAA